AGAGAGUCAUCAGCAGUCUCACAAUGCCUUCAUCCAGCCCAGCGGCCGGGUAUUCGGCUCGGAUCUGCGAGACUCACUGACCUCAUUCUGUAAUCAGCAGAUUUUCAGGACAAGCCAUUGAAAAGGAGCUGCAUCCCUGAGGGACUUGUGUAGGACAAUGGAUGACCGAUGGAUAUCGGACAAUAAGAGUAGAAUGACCGUCCAAGGAAACCCACAUUACACAGGAGCAAGACAAGAUAAUGAAACAUCAAUUGCAAUGUCAAUGGAAUUUUGGGAGGAUCAUCACGAAGACCAGCCGCCCAGCUUCCUGCCUCAGGAGCUCCUCAGGAUACCGGAGGUGGAAAUGCGAGGUUCUGAAGAUGUUUCAUCGGGAACGGUGCUGCGGAGACUGAUCCAAGAGCGGCUGAGAUAUGGAGGUCCCAACGAGAACAUGAACCUCCUGGCCAUCCAGCACCAGGCUACCGGGAGUGCGGGACCCGCCAACGGCGCUGCGACUACUGCUUCGUCUACGGAGAACCUCGCCCAAGAAGACCCACAAAUGGUCAACCAGUCGGCAAGGCAAGAACCUCAGGGGCAAGAGCAUCAGGUGGACAACGCGGCGAUGGAGAAGACUCUGAGGGCUGCUCAGCCCCAACAAAAUAACGAGGAGCUGCCAACCUACGAAGAGGCAAAAGCUCAGUCUCAGUUUUUUAGGGGUCAUCAGCCGGGACCUGUAAGCCCAGGGUUUUUGGUCGCGGAGGCGGUGGCCAAUCACAAGUCAAAAACCGAGGGCAGGCCGACGGUGAGCCGGGCGAACAGCGGACAAGCGCAUCAAGACGAAGCUCUUAAAGAACUUAAGCAGGGCCACGUUCGCUCCAUGAGUGAGAGGAUAAUGCUGUCGCUGGAGAGAAACGGAGCCAAGCAGAACCCACCUACCUCGGGCAGCGUCAGGGGGCUGAAGAGCAGCUCGCCCUCUCCUUCUCCGUCCUCCGGGAAAGGAGCGGAGCUGAGAGGGCCUCCUCCGGACUAUCCCUACAAAGUGAAACAGGCGGCAGCUCCUGUGAACAAAACCCCGGAUCGCGAGCACUUCUACAGAGAGCAGCAGCAGCAGCACACGGCGGCGGUCCAGGAGGCCGCGAGAACCUACCAGGUCCCGACACUGACCAGGAGCGAAGCGUCAGCUCUUCGGUACCAAACUCCGCCGGACUACAGCGGAAGCAGCCGACAAUGCCAGGCCCUCCCGUACUCCUCGGCACCGCAGAGGCACCACAGCCCCAUGUCUUCCCAAGCCUCCUCGGCCAGCGGCUCUUUCCACGCGGCUCCGGCGGCCGUGUCCUCGUACCCCGUCGCGUCCCCUUCGCCGAGCCCGCAGCCCCCGCCGGACGCCUUCUCGCACGUGGACCAUGCGCAGCAGAUCGUGGAGCUGCUAACCCAGGAAAACAGCGCCCUGCGCCUUCACCUGCAGACCUGCUGCCAGAAGGCCGACAAGCUUCAAAAGUUUGAAGCCGAGAUUGAAAAGAUUUCCGACGCUUACGAGAGCCUGGUCAAGUCUUCUGCAAAGAGAGAGACUCUAGACAAAGCAAUGAAAACCAAGCUGGAGGGGGAGAUUCGGAGACUGCACGACUUCAAUCGAGACCUGAGAGAUCGCCUGGAAACGGCCAAUAGGCAGCUGGCCAACAGGGAUUAUAACGGACACGAGGACUCAUCAGAAGAGGGGCAUUUUUCACCAAAAAACAAAGAACAUUUGCGAGAGAAGGAAAGGCUGGAGAGGGAAUCGUCGGCUCUGCGUACUACCAACGAAGAUCAGAGGAGACACAUUGACAUCCUAGAACAGGCGCUGAACAAUGCGCAGGCCAAGGUGGUCAAACUGGAGGAAGAGUUGCGCAUGAAGCAAGUGUAUGUAGAAGAGGUGGAGAAGCUGCAGCAAGCACUGACCCAGCUGCAGGCAGCAGGAGAGAAGAGAGAACAGCUGGAGCGUCGGCUCCGGACCCGGCUAGAGACGGAACUAAAGUCCCUUCGUGCUCAGCAGCGGCAAACAAAUUAUCAGUCAUCAAACAUGCCAGAGCACAACACCCCGGUUCUGAUGGACUUAUUGAGGAAAAAAGAGGAGACCAUCUUGGGCCUGGAAGCCGAUGUGACCAAGUGGGAGCAGAAGUACCUGGAAGAAAGCGCCAUGAGGCACUUCGCCAUGGACGCUGCCGCGACGGCAGCCGCACAACGGGAUACAACAAUUAUCAGCCACUCCCGGAACGGAAGCCACAAUGAUAGCUCCUUGGAGGUCCGCUCGUGGCAUGACGAGGAGGAGAUCUUACAGGCCAACCGGAGGUUCCACGAUAUGGAGCACACGAUAAAAAAUCUUCACGCCAAAAUAAUCGAGCAGGACGCGAUGAUCAAGGUCCUUCACCAGCGGUCUCGAAAGGAUCAGGGGAAGAACGAUGGCUCCAGUUUGCGUCCCGCGCGCUCCGUGCCGUCCAUAGCGGGGAUAGCGGCUGCGGUUCCGGCCGCGUCGGGGUCCCACUCUCGGCAGACUUCCGUGUCCAGCAAUCAGGCGCCAGAGGACAAGAAGGAGGAGAAGCCACGCAAAGGGAGCGCAGGACUGUUUCAGGGAAGAGAACACCAUGAAAGCCCCUCUCCUUCCUUAAUACUCCCCCCACCGUCCUUUCUGCUUCCCCCUCCGGCUCCGACUCCACCUGUGACUGCCUCGCAUGCCAAAACCGGCAGCAAAGACAACAGCACCCAGACGGACAAGAACCCCGAACUCUUUUGGCCAAACAGCGCUUCCUUCCCAGGCAGGGGACGGGUUAACAUGACGCCCUCCAGCAGCCCCCUCUUACGGCACACCGCCAACAAGGGGUGUGACAAGUUAGAUAACUCCCCUAUCCUCGGUAAGACUCUGGACCUUAAAUGUAGAAUCGGCAACACUGCAACCAAAACAGAAUUCCCCGAACCAGAUAACACGAUGGAGGUGCUUAUUUAAAGGGGACGC